UCUGGGCGCCCCCUGCCCCUCAGCCCCGCCCGGUCACAUGGGCCCUCGGAGCAAAGUCCGCACCUGCGACGUGAGAGCCUUGGCGGCAGCAAGAUGGGCGCUCUGGGCCAAGUCCUGCUGUGGCUGCAGUUCUGCGCACUAACUCGGGCCGCCUACAAACUUUGGAUCCCCAACACCAACUUCGAUACUGCGUCCAACUGGAACCAGAACCGGACCCCGUGCGCCGGAGAUGCAGUCCAGUUCCCGGCGGACAAGAUGGUGUCGGUCCUGGUGCGAGACAGUUAUGCCAUCUCUGACAUGCUCCUGCCACUGGACGGGGAGUUCGUCCUGGCCUCGGGGGCCGCAUUCAGCGCUGCAGGAGUCGGCUCGGACCCGGCCUGUAACUCCGGAGACAAAGGCGCCCCGUUGCUCUUCCAAAAUCCCGACCGCUUCUCCUGGCUUGACCCACAUCUGUGGAGCUCUGCGACCCAGGCGAGUGGCCACUUCUCCGUGGACGCCGAGCGCGUGCCCUGCAGCUACGACGAUGUCCUCUUCCCGCGCGACGGAUCUUUCCGCGUGGCGCUCGGCCCGGACCCCAACCCGGUGCACGUCCGCAGCGUCUCGGCCGUGGGUCAGACGUUCACUCGCGACGAGGACCUGACGGCUUUCCUGGCGUCCCGUGAGGGGCGCCUGCGCUUCCACGGGCCGGGCAUGCUGAGAGUGGGCUCCCAGGCCUGCACCGACGAGUCGGGCUGCGUCUGCGGCAAUGAUGAGACGCUGCCGUGGAUCUGCGCGUCUCUGCUGCAGCCCCUGGGCGGCCGCUGCCCCCAGGCCACCUGCCUCGACCCGGUACUGCCCCAAGGACAGUGCUGCCACCUCUGCGGAGCUAUCGUGUCCUUGACCCACGACCCCACAUUUAACCUGGAGCUGUACCGAACGCGGCUGCUGGACCUCUUCCUGAAGCAGCCCCAGUACCAGGGCCUGCAGGUGGCUGUGUCCAAGGUGCUGCGCGAGGCCCACACCGAGAUCCAGGUGGUGCUGGUGGAGCCGGAACCCCAGACAGGCGCAGCGGGGCGGCUGGGCCACGUGCUCCUACAGGACGCGGUGGCACAAGGCGGCGACCUAGGCAUCCUGUCGGCGACUCUGCGGCAGUCGGGCAGGCCAGCGACAGGAGGUUCCGCGCUGGAUCAGGACCGGUCCGGGGCCUGGCUGGCGAGUGGCGUGGCGGCCGUGGUGCUGCUGGCACUGCUGGGGACGGUGGGGCUGCUGCUGCACCGCAGCGGGAGGCUCAGGUGGACAAGGCAUGAACAGGCUGAGCCCACAUCGGCGGGGCUGCCGCUGGGUUUCCGCAAUCCGCUUUUCGACGUGAUGGUCUUCAAGCAGCAGCCACAGCCCUCAGUGGAACAUCUCGGAUCAGCCCAGAAGGUGGACACCGACACCAACUUCAGCUACUUCGUUAACCCACUCUUUGCCGGGGAGGCAGAGGCAGAGGCCUGACCUUCUCUUGGGAGAGUCUAGGCCUCCAACCCGUGGAUUCUUCAUCCCCUCCAAGACACGACUUCUCUCUAUCAAGACGAAGACAGGCCUACCUUGUCUAAUAAAGGGCUGUUUGGGUUU